UUUUUUUCCGCAUGGGGCUAGCUUGCGAUGGAGAGCUAGGAGAUCGCAGACAAAUGGUCCCCAUGACCCAUUCGACCCCGACUAGCGCGGCGGCAAGCAGUUGGUAGGAAGUUCGGUGUAGAACAGGUCGGGGGUGUCUGAAUCCACCUCCAGCCCGUUGCUGGAAACGUGAGCACCAAGGAUCGUGCUACGUAUCGGGAUCAGUUGUCGCUUCCUGGCAUUCGCCGUAGAGCCUUUACGUGAUGGUGCUCUGUUGGCCUCAUAUCCUAGCCUCUUGUCCGGCUCGGGGUGUACUCAAUCUAACCCUGGAACGUGUUCCCGCUGCCAACUCGUCGCCUUCGUUGUACCUGUACUCCAACGAGCUCACCACGCUGCCUGAGGGAAUCUUCGGGGGUCUCACGGCCUUGGAAGAGCUGUACCUGUACUCCAACGAGCUCACCAUGCUGCCUGAGGGAAUCUUCGGGGGUCUUACGGCCUUGGAAGAGCUGUACCUGUACGACAACAUCCUCACCACGCUGCCUCAGGGGAUCUUCGGGGAUCUUACGGCCUUGACCUUGCUGUAA